GUUUCAACCAUUUUAAUGACUGUGCGGUAUAAUUUUAAAUGUGUCGUUGACCGGUGUGAAGGUCCGCAGCAUUUGUGUAUCACUGCCUUAUCACUUCUGCAGUGUUACCAAUACAAGUACGAGAAGAAUUUGCAUAAUUUCCGUUGUAGAUUGUACUCAACAGUGAGACAUGAACUGGCAGACAUCCGAAAGUCCGGGAUUAAGUCCUUUCGUGAUAUACAAGUGGAUGAGAGUAAUAUAUUAACAUGGCAAGGUCUUAUUGUUCCGGAAAAUCCACCUUAUAAUAAAGGAGCUUUUCGCAUUGAAGUUAAUUUUCCAGCGGAAUAUCCUUUCAAGCCUCCUAAGAUCAACUUUAAAACUAAAAUAUACCAUCCAAAUGUAGAUGAGAAAGGGCAGGUCUGUUUACCGAUAAUUAGUGCUGAAAAUUGGAAACCUGCUACAAAAACUGAUCAAGUUAUUGAGGCAUUAAUUAACCUUGUAAAUGAGCCUGAACCGGAACACCCUCUGCGAGCAGAUUUAGCAGAGGACUAUACAAAAGAUAGAAAGAAAUUCAUGAAAAAUGCUGAAGAAUUUACGAAGAAGAAUUCAGAAAAGAGGCCUGCAGACUAACUCCAGCUUUCGUUUAAUCUGUGAUGCUAAAAGGUUCUUGACAGGUAGACGAUGACUUCCAAUAAAGCCAGUGCAUUUCAAGGAAUGUUGCUAAUUCUAAGUCCACAACAAAUGUCUACACAGUAUAGUUUUACAAAUUUAUUUAUUGGCAAAAUGUACUUUGUGAUUAGAAUUUUAAUGUAGGUGUGGAAAUUUGUUGUCAUACUUUGUAUAUAAAUCCUAUGAUUUUCUUUGCAAGGUCAGUAUUUAGUAUAAAGAGCAUGUACCUAAAUAGGAUUUCUGAUUUAGCAUAUUUUGCAUAGUAGGUCAAAAUUCACAUUAUUUAUCCUUGUACUUUCAUGAUUUCUUAAAUAUUUUGUACUUGCUGUAGCUGUGAGAGGGGUUUGUGGUGUCAAUAUAUAUUUAUCAUUGUCUGUCUGUCAAGUGCCUUUUGUAAUAUUAGAUAAGUAUUUGGCUCUAAAGUCCUGUUGCAGCCUCUCCCAGUGGUUUUGUAGAUCACUUUUCUGAGAAAAGAAAAUACUGUAGUGUUUUCACAGUGUAGCAACAACUGGAUUAUAGUGAUGUAGGUUGGUUCCAAACCAGUAUGUUUAUAUAUAUAAAGUGGCCUCCUUUUAUUUCUCAAAAGGAACGCGCUUGGCUUGCUCUUUUGGGAAGUGCCGAAGGUGGUGACGAGCCUUACUUGUCUGACUUAUGGGAAUCAUCCUCCUUUUUGUACAUCAGAUCAUAAUGAAUGUGCCAUUGAUGUCUGAUAGGUAUUUGCCAAAACACAUUUAUGCCAAUCUGUCCUUUGUGUGACAGUCACUCAGGCAUACAUGCAUGGUUCAUGAGGAAAUUACUUUGUACUUUUACUUAAGGUACAGUGUUAGGUUAAGUGGAACCAUUGUACUAUUGUCAAAAUACAAAGUAUGAUUGGAGUUUGUGUUACAUCUUGAGUUUUCAUCAAGAAGUAUUUUUUUUUUUUCUUGUUACUCUUGAUAGAUCUCAAGCCAUACAUUUCUUUUAGAGAAAGGUGGCUGGUUAGACUUUUAACAACUUCAUCAUGAUUUGUUCUUGAAUUUACUCUGCAAUCAUAGUUUUAUAUAUUUUCUUUUGUUAGUAUACAGUACUGCAGACGUAAAGAAACACUUGAAGUAUUCCAUUAUAUGUUGAGGUGAUGGAACUUCCUUUUUAUCCAUUUAGACAGGAAGGGUCAUCCUCAGUUUGUAAGUAAAUGGUACCUAACCUUCAUAUGUAGUAUGUUGACAGUAUAUUUAUAUAGGAAAUAUACUCAAACCUCAUUUGAUAAUAUGAAAGCCAUGUCAAAUUGAUAUUGAUACCGUAAUGCUUUCAGCGAUAGCAAGGUUUAAAAAUUUUAAUUAUGCAUAUUCUUGUAGUUUUGAUUUAUAUAUUAUAUACAUAUAUAUAUAUUCAGGCUGUAAUCUAAAAUUAACUUUUCUAUGAUUGAGGGGGAUGGGUCUACAUUGGCUGCUAUUGUGAUUUGUAUCUUUUUGAAAAGAUCAUUUAAAGAAAAAUGUAAAGAUAUCUUAGAUAUAAGGGCAGUUGUUGAACAAUUUUGUUACUAGUCUCUGGAUUUCAACUUUGCAACAGAUAAGACAAUAUUUUACAUAAAAUACAAACGCCUUUUCUCCGUCUCAUGUCAGUGCAAAAUGGUUACAGAUGGUGAGUAAAUUGUCCAUUGUUUGAUCCCGUCUGCUUGUGCAAUGUGUACCAAAAGUGUAUGCUGUCAGUUAAGGGUUAGAGAUGCUAGUCUCCUCCAUCUUUUCAUAGAGGCACUGGUAUUUUAGGUUUCUUCACAGUCUUGGGAUGCAAGAACGUUACAUUAUGUUGGUAAACAAUAUUUAUUAUACAGGUUGUAAGUUCUUGUUUUGACAAUUGCCUGCUAUAUAAGCAACAGUUAAAGUAUAUAAUUUGAAGGCUAUCCAUUUUUCCUUAUUAGUUGGAAUUUGGAAAUUAAAAAAGAAACCUAAUUUUGAAAGCCCAAUUAAUUAAGUUUUCUAAAAGAUUCAAAAGUAUAUAAUUUGAAGGCAAUCCAUUUUUCCAUAUUUGGAAAUGAAAAAUAAAACCUAAAUUUGAAAGCCCAAAUAAGUAAAUUUACUAAAAGAUUCAAGGAGCUUUCUCUCUCAUAAGUUUUGUUCUUUGCAAUAAUGAAUUUAUUAGCGUAUUUAUUUCAGCUUUGAAUUACUAUGUUAAUAUUUUACUGAAAUACAGGUGCAUUAAAUUACAUAA